CGUCUCUGUUGAGGGUCUUUUUAUCUGUUUAAUUAUGUAGACGUUUGACCUUUGCCUCACACACACGGUUUCUUUGAUUGGUUUCUAUUUACUCCAGCUGAGGUAUGUCAGCUUUAGGCUGCAGCCAAUCACAAGUCACCUUUAGGAGUAAAAAGAAAGUGAGGGAAACUGAGGGACUUGUAUAGCGCAGUGGGAGGCAGAGAGAGAGCGAGCGAAGCUUAGAGUCACAUGAUGGCAGUUACUAUUUUAUCCAUCUUGAUUGCUGCCAUCCCCGUGGCCUACUGCUAUCCAACUGCCUUCCAAAACGUGGAGGAAAGUCGCAGCAACAGAACCUCCAUUAAGUUUCUGGCAGUGGGCGACUGGGGUGGCGUGCCUUAUCCCCCCUACAUCACCUCUGUGCAGACAGCCACAUCUCAAGAAAUGAGCAAAAUAGCAGACCAGAUGGGAGCUGAUUUUGUUCUUGCUCUGGGCGAUAACUUCUACUACAAAGGUGUGAACACUGUGGAUUCUCCUCGGUUUAAGGAAACUUUUGAGUCCGUGUACACUGCAAAGUCCCUCCAAGUCCCUUGGUAUGUGAUCGCUGGCAAUCACGACCACGCAGGGAAUGUCAAAGCCCAGAUCGACUACAGCAGCAGAUCUAACAGAUGGAAAUUCCCCUCGUACUACUAUGAGCUGAACUUCCGCAUUCCCAACACGGGGAAGACUCUGACCAUCAUCAUGCUUGACACUGUGAUGCUUUGCGGUAACUCUGACGACAAUUCGGACAAGAAGCCAAGUGGACCCCUGAAUGAAUUGGAUGCCAAUCGCCAGCUGGCUUGGCUGCAGGAGAGACUGGCUCUGUCCAAGGCAGACUUCCUGUUGGUGGCAGGCCACUACCCUGUUUGGUCUGUGUCCGAGCACGGCCCCACAAAGUGUCUGGUGCAAAGCCUCCGUCCACUGCUCAUCAAAUACAACGCCACUGCUUACCUCUGCGGCCAUGACCACAACCUGCAGUACCUCGAAGAGUCUAACAUAGGCUAUGUGGUGAGCGGUGCUGGAAACUUCCUGGAUCCUGACACCCGCCACUGGAACCAUGUUCCCAAAGGUUCUCUUAAGUUUUUCACCGGCAAGGCUUCAACACUGGGAGGAUUCAUCCAUGCAGAAGUGACAAAGAACAAGAUGACCGUGACUUUCUACCAGGCGAAAGGCACUUCUCUCUAUCGCACAGUUCUCUCGCAAAGAAAUCUUGAAUAGACUGAUGAGCAAGAACAGUUAUAAAUGGUGUAAUCUGCAGUGUAAGUGUGAAAUCAAAUAAUGAGUCUUGAUCUCUUUUGUUUUAAAAAAUCUUCGGCAUUAACUUCAAAGCAUUUUUAAAACAAUCAUCUGGUUUUAAAUGUGACUUUAUGCUACUGUAAAAUAAAUAGUGCCUUUGUUAUCUGUCCUGAACUUUUGGAAAUGUGGCUGUGCUUGAAUUUCUUACUCUGCAAGUGCAUUUGAAUUUAUGUCUUUCAAAACAAAUGAGAAAUUAGAGAAAGCAUUGAAUGAUUUGGGGGCUUACACUGAUUUCUGAAACCUGUCAAGUGUUAUUCAAUCCAAAGACUUAGGAAAUGUACACGUUUUAUUCUUCAUAAGAAAGCAUUACCAGCUCUGAUAUAACUGACUGUUAAUAUCAAUGCAUUGGUGAGGUAUGCAUCAAAAGAAAGGCACUUUUUUUUGCAAAUAAAAGACAUAUUGUGACGAA